CGCGCGCAGUCGAGCCUCCUUCGGUGAGCGGAGGAGAGAGAUUAAAGAGAAAGCAAGCAGCGCGCGCUCCUCGCACCAUGUCUCCUCGGGACCCCCGCGUGCGUCUCGCUCUCCUUCUGUGGAUUACACUUACAGCCUCGUGGACCUCCGGAGGAGACGGCGCGGCCAGGAGGCAGGACGACUCCUUCUUCACGGAGAGCGUGUACAGGGCGAGAUGCGCGUCCAGGUGCCUGAGCCUGCACAUCACGCGCAUAUCUGCCUUCUUCAAGUACUACCAGAAUAAUGGAUCCCUGGUUUGGUGCCAGAAUCACAAACAGUGCUCAAAGUGCCUGGAGCCCUGUAAGGACUCGUGGGACUUGAAGGACAGCCAGUGCCAAGACUUGUGUGAGUCUCUGUUUCCCAAGAAGCACUAUGAGUGCCUGACAAGCUGUGAGUUCUUGAAGUCUGUGGAGACAGUGAAACAAGGUGAUUGCCCUGCCCCAGAGAGGGCCAGUGGCUUUGCAGCUGCCUGCGUGGAGAGCUGUGAGGAUGAUGCUGAGUGCUCAACGGUCAAAAAGUGUUGCUCCAACGGUUGUGGGCACACGUGCCAGCUGCCUAGGAACCUCUACACAGGAGUUCCUCUGAAGCCCAGGAAAGAGCUUACCUUUACUGAGCUCCCAUCGGGUCAGCUGGAGAUACGCUGGUCCUCCAAGUUCAACAUCUCAGUGGAACCCGUUGUGUAUGUGGUCCAAAGGAGGUGGAACUAUGGCAUCCACCCCAGUGAGGAUGAUGCCACUGACUGGCAGACAGUCAUGCAGACCACGGAUGAGAGGGCCAAGCUGAUGGACAUCAGAGCCAGCAGGUGGUACCAGUUCCGAGUGGCUGCUGUCAAUGUCCAUGGCACCCGGGGCUUCACCGCUCCCAGCAAGCAUUUCCGCUCUGCCAGAGAUCCCUCAGCACCCCCCGCCCCAUCCAACCUUAAGAUCACCAACAUGACAUUCAACACGGAAGAGGAGGUUUCUGUCCGUCUGAACUGGACCCUGCCGGAGGAACCGGAUAUCCCAGUGCACCAUUACAAAGUGUUCUGGAGCUGGACUGCUAGCAGCAAGUCGUUGGUGCCAAUCAAGAAGAAGAGACGAAGGAUCACUAAUGGGGCCCACAGCUAUAUGGAUCUAGAAGAUCUUCUGGUCAAUAACACCUACACUAUUGAGCUGCAAGCGGUGACGUACUGGGGUCAGGUGCGUCUGAAGAGUCCCAAAGCAUCCCUUCAAUUCAGCACUACUCGGCCAGAUGACACAAAAACCCUGUUGAAAUCAAAGAAUGAUGAGAUACAGACUGCUAGGUCCACCUCUGGGAAACGACCUAGAGGUUCUCUGGAGGUAGGAAGCCCUUUCUACCAGGAUGGCCAGCUGCAGGUUCGCGUGUACUGGAAGAAGGGGGCUGAUACAGCCGGGAACCGGUACCAUGUGCAAUGGAUGCCAGAGUUUUGCAGUCAUAACGAGACAAAAGGACCAGAGAAAUCCGUCACUCAGGAGAACUACAUCAACCUCGCCAGCCUUCUGUUUUCCUGCAAAUACAAAGUCACUGUUCAGAUGAUGAGAUCCAAAGGACGGUCCAAGGCCGAGAGUGCUACAUUCCUCACACCGUCCUGCUUCUCGCUCAGUAGCAAGAGUCAGAAACCCAUCCACUGUCCCAGAGAAGUCAUCCAAAUUCCCAAAGUGUCAGCUAAGCCGGAGAAUCUGACAGCACACUUCUCUGUCCACGAGGGGAACAUCACUGGUAACUUUUUCUGGAAGGUGUCCAGAACCCACCCACUCCAGCGCAUCACUGGGUUCCAAGUCACGUGGGCAGAGGUCACCAAGGAGAACAGACAGAACAGCUUACCCAACAGCCUCAUCUCCCAGUCACAGAUACUUCCACCAGACCAUAACCUGUUGGUUGUUUCCAACCUGCGACCAGAAACAUUCUACAGGUUAGAGGUCCAGGUGUUAACGACUGGAGGGGGAGGUCCUGAAACGAUGAAGAUUUUUCAGACCCCCGCUGUCCCACUCGCUCACCAGCACUGGCCCAGGCUCAGAGAGCAUCACUCACACCACCAGAAGCGUUCAGUGGGAAAGCACUGAUGAACCAAGGGACUGCUGGACUGGGCUGGUGCCAUCUCCACCUAUGAACGAAACAACGCAGAUGGAUGUAAAACAAUAGAAUGGGACUGUAGGUGUGUAUUUCCCGUGGACAAGAGUGUGGUAACCUCAUCAGUCGAAUCUGUGUGUCACCCCUUCUUCUCCAAUCCUGGGCCACUGCUACAGUCCGACGCCAGUCCUGUCCAGCCCUGUAUUUAACACCAAGCUUCUCACUGUGACAGCAGGACAGUAUCCUUACGUGAUGCAAGAGGAGUUACACUGUCACUAUAAAAUAUCUAAAAAAAAUCAUCAAAAAAUCAACAACAAUGCACCAUGAAAAACUGAAGUGUCUUGGUCAACAAGAAUCAAGGAUGCAUUGAUAUGCAAACAAGAUUACACAUUUGUUUGGGACACAAAACAAAUGGAAACAUGGAUCAAAUGCCACAGAAAGUGUGACGUAACAUCUGUACAGCUGUCAUCUGAAUACAGCAAGAAGCACUGGAUUCAGGUUCAGUAUUUCUCUUCUUGUAACAAGUGACUAAGUGGUUCUUAAGUACUCAGUACUCUUGUAUAAUAUAACUAAAGCCAAUGUAGUUUAACAGGUCCUAAAUCUGUAAGUGUGACAUUGCAUGUAGAAAAUCUGUUUGAUUUUAAAUGUUUUGCAUGACAAAACUUAUUGUUGUAUUCUAGGCAUGAAAUACAUCUGUGUUACUUUUCCAUUAACACAUUAACAGAGUACUCGACUUGGGAAAAUGUGUACCGUGUAUUAAUUCAGAGAUAACUUUGUAUUAAAAUUUAUAUUCGUAUAUAAUUGGCUGUAGAGAUAUUUGAUGUGGUACAGUCAGUAAUUGUCUAUAUUUAUUUAUAUAUGACAUUUUUUGAUUUGUAUUUGUGUUGUGUGCCUGUGAUGUCUGUCUGUGUGUGUGUGUGUGCGUGUGUGUGUGUGAGCACAUAACUGUUCUGCUCUAGCUCUUUUCUAAACUGACAAAACUUUCUGUAUAGACACUUUCUGUAAAAAUGGAAUUGUAAAUAUAUUCUGUUCCGUUCGCUGUUAUUUUUCCAUGUGUGAAACUGUACAUACUGUUAAUUAAAGAA